AUGCCCGGUAAUCCUUUCGGAGAAGACUAUCCCACAUCGAAAAGUCCGUUUGACGCCAAUCAUGAGUACUCUGGAAGUGAUAUGGCUUUCGCUACACCUCAAAACCGUACUCUUGCAAGUCAACAGCGAGCACUAGCAAGCAUAGGUCACUCUGAGCAGGUUGGUGCCAGUACCUUAGAAGAACUUGCCGAACAAAGAGAAAAACUAGACCGAGUUGAACAACGGCUUUAUGAGAUUGGUGAGUUACAAAAAGACGGCCAAAAGCAAAUCGGUGCUCUCCAAAGUUGGUGGAAAAGUUGGUUUACCAAAAAGCCUGCCACCGCUGUUGAACCUGCCAAUAAAGUACUGCCAGUACAAGCGAAAAAUCAGGAAAAUCACGCCUCAUCUUUCCUUUCUCAAAAUAUAAAUCCGGUUUCUCCCUCAAUGCAACAACAAUCAUUUCAACUGCCUUCUCAAAAUCAGCCCAAGUCGCAGUUCGAUGCCAAUAUGGAUAUGAUGUCUUCGGGAAUGGCUCGUUUGAAGAGUAUGGCAACUGUUAUGAAUGCUGAACUGAAGGCUCAAAAUAAACAGUUGGAUCGAAUGGAUCCUCAACUUGCUAGAGUAUCUGACACCAUGACAACCCAGAAUCGGCAAAUGAACAAACUUCUUGGCGUUAAAAACCCACCAUAA